CCUUAACAAGCCUGUGCUGCUGUCUUUAGUCCCGAGGAAGUGAAGACACAAAACAGCCAAGAUGGCUGACAAGAAAGGCAACGUGUCCUCAAGUCGUAAGCACACUCUGAAGAGUUGUAUGCUGGCACUUGCUAAGGAUUGGCUUGAAGCUGAAGCAUUAGAGAAAGUUAAAGAGAGGGAGAGAUACAUGGCAGAGAACUGCCCUCCUCUGGAGAUGUCCCACUCCAAGGAAGAUUUGAUGGAGCUUUGCAAGAAGAUGUACGACAAAAUUAAUGUGAUUGAUGAAGAGAGAUACAACUUAGAAUAUAAAGUGAUCAUGGUUUGCAAUGAGGUUUUAGACCUAAACAUCAAAAUAGUUGACCUGAGGGGAAAGUUCAAGAAGCCAGCUCUGAAGAAAGUGCGUAUGUCUGCUGAUGCUAUGCUCCAGGCUCUGCUGGGCUCCAAGCACAAGGUGACCAUGGAUUUGAGAUCCAACCUGAAACAAGUGAAGAAAGAUGAGAAGAAAGAGGAUAAGGAAUUGCGUGACGUUGGUGACUGGCGUAAGAACAUUGACGACAAGGCCGGUAUGGACGGCAGGAAGAAGAUGUUUCAGGGAGAUAAUUAGAUCAUUGGGCUGUGUUUGUAUGAUGUGACUGACUACUGUCCUGUAAUGUCUUACUGUCAACCACAUACUGAUUGAUACCCAUUACAACCAGU